UUCAAGGCAAGGCAGUUUUCACGUUAUGACUGCGCAGGCGAUGAAGAAAAAAUCCGGACACUUCUCAUUAGUGUUUGACUGCGGACCGUGUCAUGGGUGGACUGGCGGCAUCUUUUGAGAUUAAUGGACACUUUGCGAAAUGAUGACAAAGGUGCAUAGACUUAGACAACACUUUCACAGAACUUUAUGAAGUACAUCAUUGGAGAGUUAGCGGGGCUGCUGGACUGCACUCGAUGCGCACAAGGCGCAUUUUCUAAGUUGAAGCUGUUGGAUGUACUUUUUCUAACGAUCGUUUUUUUAAAAUCUGUUUUUACUUGUAUGUCAUGGCACUAUAUUUUGUUUACUUAUUGACUCUAUUGGCGCUGAUUUUGCCUGGAGAUAUUUGGGGAGCAGGAACGUACGCGUCACGAUACACUCAACAUGUGGAUGAGAGUCGGUCUGUAUCAGCUGCACAGAGUGGAUCUAAGGUGACCAGCAGACACAGGAACUGGUGUGCCUACGUAGUAACAAAGACUGUAAGCUGUGUAAUGGAAGAUGGAGUGGAGACGUAUGUGAAACCUGAAUACCAGCGUUGUGCUUGGGGCCAAUGUUCCCAUGUGGUUUUGUAUCGGACCUAUAGAAAACCACGGUACAAGGUUGCCUAUAAAACGGUCACAGAGAUGGAAUGGAAGUGCUGUUAUGGCUACUCAGGAGAUGAUUGCAGUGAUGGCAGGGGCAGAACUACUGGUGAAGAAGGGAGGAGUGACAGCGAUAAGAUUAGACAACUUGAGGAACAAAUUCAAAAUCUCCAGUCAACCUUAUACAACAUGAAUAAGAAAUUACACGAGGAAUCUCAAAGAGAAGGAAUCAGUGGAGGUAACAAUCUGGCUGACGCAGCCCACCCAGGGAUGAGGGAGACCAUUCACAGCAUCCAGUCCAAGCUGGACAUGCUGGACAACAUGACACAGGUCCAUGACAGAACCCUCACAAGCAUAAACAACCACCUCGUGGGUGGCAAUGGAAUUGGAAAUGAGUUGGACAGUCGCUAUGGCACACUUAAAGAGGAGAUUCUCAGGGAGCUGGAAAGGCGGGUGACACUGUCUUGUUCGUCAUGUCAAACCGGAGUGGAGAGCAUUCAAAGGCAACAGCAGGAAGACAGAGAGAGGAUCAGAGCUCUGGAGAAGCACAUCAGUGUGAUGGAGCAGCACCACCAACAAACUGUUGAUUUGCUGAAGAAGGAACUAUCACACUAUCAGAGUUGCUGUGAUGCCCUGAGCGAUCUGGACAGGAGGCUUGGUGCCAUUGAGAGGAAGGUCAGUUCAACUGCAGAGACGUAUGAUAUCCUUAGAGGACGUCUUGAGAAAGAGUUGAGGGGGUCAGGCAAUGGCAAUGGCGGUCGGGGAAAAGCGCUUGAUGAAAAACUAAACAGCCGUCUUAGAGAACUGGAGAGAAGACUGAAUGGGACUGUGAGAAAAACCGAGCAAAAAUGCUCCCAUACCGAGACAAGUAUGAAGGAGUUUGUCCACCGAGAGAUCGGCCAGAUAAAGAACUCUGUCCUCAGUCGAAACGAUGAUCAUGGUUAUAGAAUAUCUACCGUGGAGAUUGAUGUCCAAGACUUGAAACGUUUCAUUAACGACCACAAAAAUGAUCUGGAACGGUUAGGGAACAAAACAACUGAUCUCGACAGCGGGCUUAAGUCAGCGAUUCAUUUCUGCACAGAGACGUGCGUUUCAAAAGGGAGUGAGACAGCAGAUACUGUGAAAAGCCUGGAAUGGAAGGUUGUUGCCAAUGAGGAGGACAUUAAGAAGUUUGACACCAAACUAAAGGAUUUAAGUGUGUCUGGUGACUCCUUAUUGGACCGUAUUAUAGAUCUCAGCCAAGACGUUGAAAAAAUUAAGGAUCUGACAGGACAUAAUGGAGAGCACUUUAACCAAAUUGUCACCGAUGUGGAGAAUAUGUUACGUGAUUGUGACGUGUGCAAUUCGAUAAAGGAAGAACUUAGUACAAUAAGAAACAUAACCAGCCAUACUUUUAACACGUUCCAGAGAGAACUUACAGAUUUAACCAGAAAAGUAGAUUCAGAUGAGUAUGCUUGCUCGCUGGUAUGCUCAAACCUCCAGGAGGAAGUGGGCAAACUGAAAGAAGAGGUUGAGAAAUGCACAGGCCAAUGCAUGAUCAGCAUGGCUGACCAUGAGAGGAACAUGGAUAAUCAAAAUACCCUAACUCGCAAGCUUGGCAAAGACCUCAGGUCCAUUCAGGGUGAGCUCACAGGGGUAAUCCAAACGUUCAGCUCCAUCAAUGACACUCUGAAAGGCCUCAGGAACACCAUACAGGGGCAUGAAAACACUAUUUCUGGUCUGGACUCGUCUAAGGAAAGAAUUUACUCUGAAUUAGAUCAGAUUCAGGAUGAUUUGAACAAGCACAAAGUAGACAGUAAAGUGCGUUUCAAUGGCAUCAGUAGCUUUAACAGCAAUUUGAUGAUUGAAAUGGGAGAAUGCAAACUUUCUCGAGAAGGGCUGGAUAAGAGGCUCUCGAAGAUGGAGGAUGUCUGCGGUAGACUGGAUUCCUUGUCAGUAAACCUUCAGACAAUCAAAGAUGGCCUGAGCAAACACAUUUCUGGGCUUUGGACAUGUGUUAAUGACCUAAACUCCACAGUUAUCUCUCACGGUGAAGCCAUCAACAGCAUUCAGAAUGUUCACUUAGAGGACAUUCAUGCCAAAAUGAACAACCUCAACUCUUCCAUACUGCAUGUUCUCAAGGAGUUCCAGAGCUUCACUGAAGAGGACUUCACUGGACCUCAUGGACCACCAGGUCCUCAGGGAGAGAAAGGAUCCAAAGGACCACCUGGGCCUCAAGGACCCCCAGGCAGAGAAGGACCACAAGGGAAAGUAGGGCCAAUAGGACCCCCCGGCCUCAGAGGUGAACAAGGACUUCCUGGAGAGGAUGCAAACGUCCCAAGACUGUCAUUCUCAGCAGCACUCACACGACCGCAAACCAAUGCAGGCACUAUUGUCUUCAACAAGGUCUUUGUCAAUGAAAGAAAGGCCUACAAUCCAAAGACAGGUAUGUUCACUGCACCUGUGAAGGGGCGAUACUUCUUCAGUGCAGUCCUGACAGGUCACAAGAAUGUCAAGAUCGAGGCAGUCUUGUCUAAAUCCAAUUAUGGAAUUGCCCGCGGAGAUUCAGCUGGAUAUCAGCCUGAGGGUCUUGAGAAACCCAUGGCAGAGGCACGGCACACUCCUGGCUCCUUGGUCAUCUUCAACAUCAUACUUCCUCUGGAGAAGGGAGAUACUGUCUGCAUUGACCUGGUCACAGGUAAACUUGCCCACUCUGUGGAGCCCCUUACGAUCUUCAGCGGGAUGUUGCUCUAUGAGGAAACAGACAGAUUGUAAGACCCAUCUGAGACUCAGUGAGGACAAUGUCAGAUGUAAAAAUUUGUAUCUGGACAUAACUUUUUUGAAUAACAGUUCUACAUCAUUGUUGAAUAAGGUUUAUAAUACAAAUUAUAUGCAGGUUUCAUUUAUAACAGGCCAUAAGGAAACACAAGAUGGAUAUAUUUUUUUCUCUAAUAUCAGAAAAAUGGACUGAGAUUUUUUUUAUAUAUGGUUACAUUUUUUUUUUUUUUUUACAUUUAUUCUUGAAUGGCAAAUCAUAUAUUUUCAUAUACUGUAUGUGAGCAGCCAUGUUUGCUUAUAUUAAAAUGCAACUGAGAAUGGCAAAGAUCUUUCUAAAAAAAAAUAGCACAUCCAUGUCACUUGUUGCCCCAGAAGAGAAUGAGUGACUGUCAAACUGGGAUCAGACUCAAGUAGAAUAUUUUACAUAAUUACCUAAUAACCUAACACAAUCUUUACUUGAUCUGACCUUACAAACCUUCAUCAUAGUAGUCAUUUGAAUGUAUAAAGAUACUGUGUGGUUGUCAGCAGCGUGUUGCUAGACCCUAGAAAUAUCCAUAUGCCAUAUGAUAAAUACUGAGAAUGGAGAUUACCAUUUACUGACAUGAGAAUAAUUUUACCUGAUAAUAUUUCAGCAAUCAUGUUGUGUGUUUUCUAUCAGCUAUUUACAAUCAUAUGCCAGAUUCAGAAAUUAAGCACUCUUGACCUAACUGGUCAAAUGGUUUUGCAAAAAAGGUCUGAAUUUGUUUUUGAUUCAUUCAGACAGUUCACUCAUACACUGAAUCAUUUGCAGCAUUUUCUCAAACCACGAAAGAAAACAAAAAGAACGCUGGAUGAGGUGGAUCUUUACCUACAAUACAGUGUAAAAACAAACCUUGCAAAUGUCUUUUAAUGUUUAUCAGUGAUUAAACAGCACAUGCAACUUGUGAACAACUCUGUAAAGAUAAUUUAAGAUAUAUCCAUAACAGUAUAUAUAAAAAAGGUUGGUUGGCAGUGCAGUGCAUAAUAUAGUGUAUUUAUAUGCACAAGCCAGUGCAUUUACAGUACUUCCCAAUUAAAUUUGUUUGUUUGACAUUUGUAGAGAAGAAUGAGAAACGGAACACGAGAACAGAUACAGUAUGUUUUAUAUAUAUAUAUAUAUAUAUAUAUAUAUAUAUAUAUAUAUAUUGUGGAUCUACAAGUACAUACUUAGGUCUGUACCAGGCCUUUUGACCACUUGCAAUUUGCCUGUAUUUUCUGUUAUCCAAUCAAUGCAAUCACUACUUUUCUUUGAAGAAAUGCUGUGUUUAUGCUCUCAGAAAAUGCUAACACAAAAACCACGGACAACCAUGGCCGCGGGAACUAGGGGUGCUGAGGGUGCUGCAGCACCCCCCGCCGCAGGGCCGGGCCUAAGAUUUUCCUUGUGCCCCUCGAUCAUCCCCAAUAUACUUGAUUUUUGUGAUAGUUUUGUGAUUAUAUUGAAAUGUUACGGCGCGCGUCCCUACAUCUGCCUCUCACUGACAGAAUGUCAUGUGAAAUGUUCACGCGAUUAAUUUUAGAUUCCAAUUUGUAAAAACUAUUUACGUCUUUUUCCUUUUUAUGAGCCGUCUUCCGAAGCUUUCUCGCUUCUCAAGACGGCCACCGACAAUCACAUAAGCACAUCUCUUUAAUUCUCUGGUCAAACGCGCUCAAACCACUGUAGCCUAAUCUCAACUACGCAAAUCAUAACGUUUUAGGCAAGUAGCCUACCAUAUUAUGUCAUAAAAUAUUUUAAUAAGACUGAAUUUGUAUUUCACCUGAUCACAUGUUUAAUAAAAAGACAUUUUAAGUUUAAUUAUAAACCGCAUAUCCACGAUUAUUCAAACAACGAAAAAAUUAUACAGCGAGCCAAGAACAUUUACAUUAUCAAAGAAUAUAACUGAAUUCAGUCUAGCAUGAGUCUUUUUUUUUUUUAUAGCACUCUAAAAAAAAAAAAAAAGCUCCAGUUAGGCUGUACCUACCUAUUGACGCUGUCAACAUCGCAUGUACAUCUGAAAGUGCACUGACCAACUUUGGCAUAUCAAUGAUGUUAAUAUUUAGUAAAAUCCCCUUAAAUAAUAGAAAUAUUUCAGAUAUUAUUAAAGAAAUUAUAUAACUAAAAUCACAAAAGCACAAAUAUAUAUUGGUUCGCAUAUAACUCUUCAUUCAUUUGUAUGUUAAUCUAUAAGAGUUUGGGCUGUUUAAUAUUAGGAUUUUGUCUAAAAUCCCCCACUGUGGCCCCGCCCUGCAACAUCAAGCCCCGCCCCCCAGCACCCCCCAGAUAAAAUAUGUUCCCGCGGCUAUGCGGACAACAUACUGUAUGUGAAAAACAUAAAUGUAAUUUAUUUUUUUUAAAGCAUCACGCUGCUAUAUAUACCAUUAUCCCCUUCUAACUUUCAAGCUUCAUUAAAAUACACCUCAAGAAGAAGGAAUCCAGAGACCAUGAGAAAAUAUGGAUCUGUGUGUACUGUUGGUGUGGUUUCAGUUGAAAAUUACGAAAGAUGUUUUUCCCUCAAAGGCUCCAUUCAGGUUUUUAAAAGAUGGAUACAAUAAAUAUCACACAUGAUAUUUUCUAUUAUUUUUCCAUUAUUCUCACUGUGUUAUUCUUUCAUAUUUGCGGCACAUUUCUUCACUUAAUCUCCAAAUUUGGAAAAGUAACUAUAAAAGGAUGAAUUCAAAUAAAGCAGGCUGUGCAGAGAGGGACAUUUUUAGACAUGCCAGAGGCUAUAGAUCAGGAAACUUCUGUAACCCAUUCUCUGGUGACUCUUCCAAAGAAAACUAUCAAAGCUGUUUGUGCUAGAUGCAGAAAAGAUUUCAUCCUGGCUAUCUUUUUGUCAAUGAAUUUUUAUUUUGUCUCUUUGGGCCGCAGAUGUUCUCUAAAUAGACCAAAUCUAACAGCUCAGAAUCUGUAUCUUUGCCAGACAUGUAUUUGUGUGACCUUAGCUGUCUUGGUGGUCUAUGUAUAAUGUUUUCUUUAAUACAAAGGGAUUUAAAAGGACUUUGCACUCAGUACUGUGAGAUCAAACCUUGACCAUUCAGUCCAUUUUAACCCUCAGAAGAGAUGAAUUCCUUAAAAGGUCUUCAUAAAUGUUACUUCAGAAUGCUUCAUUUUCAUUAAAACAGCUGACUUGCUCAAUUUACAAUUGGGACCAGGUUAUAUCAGCUGUCCAGGCAUAACCUGAACCAAAUGUUCAAAUCUGACAUUUUUAAGUUUCGUCUCACUACAGGCAUUACAAAACAGUAUUAUAAUUAUGCAAAUAAAGUGUAUCUGACUGCUGUGCAAUCUAAACAGUCCUCAGAUUAUUUUCAGCACAAAAUGUUCUCAUAAUCAAUACUUCUUCAAAGCCGAAUGUUAUACAUUGGAUACACAGUAUAUUUGCAAUGCUAGUUGUUAAUUAAAAUAUUUUUCACAAA